AUGGAUGCCAAAAUGCUGAAAUUGAAAAAUAAGGCCGAAUUUUCACCCAUCCACGAAAAUGACGACGAUUUUUCAGACGACGAGACCAUUUAUUCGGAUGAGAUGCAGUCGGGGAGUGAGCUUGGUGAACCAUGCACAGGUAACAAGUCGAAACGUUUACAAACGUAUCAAAGUACAGGCGACGUAUUUCGCAAUCGUACGAAAUCGGCAUCAAAGCUGUCAAUCAAACGAAUGCCAACGCGUAAACCAGAUCCAAAAGUGUCCAAUCGAAAUGCAAUUAUGGCACGUGAAAAUCGUCGCAAAAAGAAAGAACAUAUGGAAGUUUUGCAGAAAACCGUUGACGACACCCAAAAUGAGAAUAAAAAAUUGAAGAAAAUGUUGAGCAUUCGAAAUAGUACCAUUUCGAAAUUGACACAAGAAAGUUUAUAUUUGCGAAGCAUUUUGGCCAAUAAAACGGAGAUAAUGUCAUUGUUACGAUGUAUCCAGGGCAAUCGUACACCAAUUACAUCGUCAGCAUUGAGCUUUGUCGCCGACCAUGACUAUCGACACAAUUCAAUUUCACAAUCAAUGCGACGCAUCAGCGACAGCAGCAGCGGUUGUUCACCAGCCUCCGCUUCAAUGUCACCAUCAUCGUAUGCAGAAGAUGACAAAGAAAAUGAUCUAGAUAUUGGUAGCCACACCGAUUUCACAGCAACCGAAUCCACAUCAUCGUACGAGCAAAAUAUCGACGAUUUUCAAUGGGAGAAUCUAUUGAAUGAACCAACCACAUUCAAAUCAAACGAUCUAAACCCUUUGAACAUUGCCGAUUUGCGAGACAUUGACGACAGUGAAAUCCUAAGUGGCUGAAGAAAAUACCGAUAAUGCACCGGGAAUUUGUCUUCAUGUAUCGAGUGGACGUGUUUCGCUCGAAUUUUGUGCAUCCUGUCACAUAAAUUCGCAGAAUGCUUGGUGCGAGGAGAUGUAAGGCGGUGACCAAAACAUACGCAUUCACAUUUGCUAUCGGUCCAGCCAACAACAACAACAACCACCACCACAACACAAUCAAUGAGUAUGAAAUUGAUAAACUCAAUUUGAAAAAUGUCGGUACUUUAUUUUCUACUGAUUGUUACUCUAUCUCUUUCUUUUUUGUAUCAAAAUUGAAUUUUUUUUUUUAAUUUCUAAGCAUUUUAUCUUUAGAAUUAUGUUCUAAUUUGGUAUAAUAAGCUAAUUUUUUUAGAUUUUUUUUUCUUUUUUUUCUCAAACUAACCAUUAGCAUAUAAGUAACAAGAAUAGAGUUAGAAACUGAUAAACUAUACACAAAACGAAGUUUUGCAUGUACACUAAGGGAAUACAGAUAUAUACAGGAGUACAGACAGAACAGAAAAAAAUAAAACAAAAAAAAUGCCAGUCAUAAACGAAUGAAAGGAAAAAAAAAUACGACAUUUUGUUAAACCAAUAGAAAAUCUUUCCGAAUCGUCUUAAAUAACAAUAUCAAUGCCAACACCGAUUACAAACAUGCACUUUCAAUAUUUCUACUUCAUCCAUUUAUCAAAGUAGCUUUCAUUAUGCAUAACAAAUUUGGAGUUGAUAGAAUCAUAAUUAUUAUUCGAUUGAUUUGUGUUUCCAGUUAUUAGUUAAAUCGUUUAAAAUCAUUUCAGACAAACAUGAAACAAACCCUAGUAUCGCAUCGCAUCACACAAACGUUGGGAAACGUGCACACAUGUCGUAGACGGCUUAGUUCUUUGGGCGCAACGAUGAAUACAAUACCUGCUACUCAAUUCACUCUCUAUCUAAAUUAUUGUUGUGUCUGAAGAGGUGGGAAACAGAAACAAAUUAUGAUGUGUUUGCCGAUUUUAUUUUUCCAUAAAUCAGUUGUGCAAACAUAGACAAAAUCAAAACAAAACAAAAAGAGCUUAAAUAAAUAUAAAACCGAACAGCAAACUGAUUCAUGGAAAACAAUACCGAAGGCAAAAUGCAAUAUCCAUUAUUAUUUGAAUUGAAUCGCUUGGAUUCUAAUCACAACUGAUUUAUUAUUACAGCAUUUAUGGCUUUCACUGAAUGUUCAACCGUACUGAGGUCGAAGUGCUUCAGAUACCGGAUAAACGUAAUACGUAUCGCGUUCUAACCAUCAAAAAGAAAGAAAAAAAAUAGGUGGAGCGAUCACUCUUUCGUUGAUAAUUCAAUCAAAUGUAAGAACCACGCGAAUUUUUCUGAGAGUAAUCAAUCACAGCCACAAACAAUUACACGACCCGAAUUACUCACACACACACACACACAUACAAACGCAUUUGAUUGGAAUAGCGAUAAAAGAGUGUCCUCAUUUCAGGCUUCAGCUACAAUUUGUUUAUCAUUUCAAUAUUUUGACGACUUAUUCCAUUGUCGCAAAAUGAGGCCAUCUGCAUUUCAGUGCUUCAGAUAUGUUAAUCCAUCAAAGUGUUUUUUUAGCGUUUCUGUGUUGAGGCACAGUGAUGCCCAGUCGUAAGUCGUACGUUUUUUGUUGUUGUUAUUUGUUUUAAAGCUGUUGUAAAAGUGAAAGUUUUAAAAAUCCAUUUUGUGUGUGUGCUGAAAAUACAAAUCAGUUGAAGGUAGGUUCAUUCUAUCAUUACUCCAAAUUUAUUUGCAUCCCAUCACUAUUAUUGCCAUAGCAACUUUUCUUCCGAUUUAUCCAUGUUAUUUUGAGAGUUCUACAAGACACGGAAAGAAAUUGUAGUUGGUAUUAUUUUAUUUCUUUAUGCAUAGAAAAUACUUUAUAAGAUAAUAUGCAUACGAAUAAGUAUUAUCAGUGUGAUUAUUACACCCAACAAAACGAAAAUAUGAGAUAAAAAAAGGAAAUAAACAUAAUUUUAUUGUUGAUGAUGUACACCCAAAA